AUGAUUUAUGCACCAAUUUCAACACUUGAGCAAUAUGGCAUUAAUGCUUCUGAUAUCAAGAAACUUUCAGAGAAUGGGUACACUACUGUUCAAUCUGUAGCCUUCUCUCCUAGAAAAGCUUUGUUGACUAUUAAAGGAAUUUCUGAAGCAAAAGUUGAUAAAAUUCAAGCUGAAGCUUUUAAACUAGCUCCUAAAAUGGGAUUCGAAACUGCUACUGAAGUAAAGGAACGAAGGGCCGAAUACGUUUAUAUAACCACUGGUUCUAUUGAAUUAAAUAAACUUCUUGGAGGUGGUAUUGAAUCCGGUUCUAUUACUGAAGUAUUUGGUGAAUUUAGAACUGGAAAAAGUCAACUUUGUCAUACUCUUGCAGUUACAUGUCAGCUUCCAGUUGAAAACGGUGGUUCUGAAGGAAAAUGCAUUUACAUCGAUACUGAAGGUACUUUCCGUCCUGAAAGAUUGGCCUCUAUUGCUGAACGUUAUGGAAUGGAUCCGAACCAAAUUUUAGAUAACGUUGCAGUCGCGAGGGCUUAUAACACUGAUCACCAAAUGAAUUUAUUGAUACAAGCUGCUGCGAUGAUGGCCACAUCAAGAUUUGGUCUCUUAAUUGUCGAUAGUGUCACGUCUUUAUACAGAACUGAUUACUCUGGUCGAGGUGAACUUGCUGCACGUCAGAUGCAUUUGGCAAAAUUUCUGCGUGGUCUACUUCGCUUAGCUGAUGAAUUUGGCAUCGCGGUAGUUAUUACAAAUCAAGUUGUAGCGUCUGUCGAUGGAAACAUGCUAUUUCCUGGUGCUUCUGAUAAAAAGCCCAUUGGUGGGAACAUUAUUGCACAUGCAUCAACAACAAGAUUAUAUUUACGUAAAGGCAAAGGUGAUAAUCGAAUUUGCAAAAUUUAUGAUUCACCAUGUCUUCCAGAAGGUGAAGCCACUUUUUCAAUCGGACAAGGCGGAAUUGAAGAUGCAAAGGAUUAA